AUGGAUUGUGUCUCCAUUAUUUCCUACUGGAUCGACUUUGCGCUCAUGGUCCACCAAUACCCCUAUUGCUCCCUAUUCAAAGCCCUAGCUGCAUUACGUCCCUUACGAUUACUGUGUAUAUUUCCCGGUACAGCCGUUAUUCUUCGAUCUUUGGAAACGGGAUGGCAGUUGUUACUCGAUGUCUCUGGGUUCAUCUUUUUCUUUAUGCUGUUGUUUGCCCUGGCUGGUUUGAUUACUUUUCAGGGUGUUUUCUCUCGGCGAUGUUACCAGUUGAUCCCGGGAAAUGAACCCGUUCUGGUGCAACCGGCGCAGUAUUGCUCGGGCUAUUACAAUGGAACCGAUGUGUUUGGACCGUACAAUCCGACGCUCGAUGAAUACGGCUAUGCCGGUUAUCAUGGCCAUCUUUGCUCGAUCGGACAAAUUUGUAUGGAAGUGUCGUCCAACAAUCCGUCUUAUGGGUUCCUCAAUUUCGAUACCAUCUUCUCGGCUUUUUUAGCCGUGUAUACCUUUGUGUCCCUGGAAUACUGGACCGAUUUGAUGUAUCAAACCCAGGAUGCUGAUUCCACUACCGCCGCACUAUACUAUUGCCUGGGUGUUUAUGUCAUUGCUUUUGUACUGAUUUUUCUCAUUUUUGCUGUCAUUACAUCGGCAUUUGCGAAAGCACGUGCUGAAAGUUCGCACAGUGCAUUCAUUGCUAAACGGAAACGUCGCGCCUUGUUGCGCACCGCAGAAAAAUUGGACGAUCAGGAAGAACCCGUGUGGAUGUACGAAGACCCGUUGAUGGACUACCCGCUUGGGUUCAACCGACUACGAUUCAAGCGCAAAAUCGUGGCUUUGGUGAAGAGUCGAGAAUUUUUUUACUUUGGAGGAUUCUUGGUCUUUUUUGAUAUGGUCUUCAUGUGUAUACGUUCCGCGUAUGCCAGUGAAGACAUUCUGGAACUUAUAGACAAUGCCGAAACCGCAUUUACAUUUGUAUUUGCCAUUGAAAUUUUGCUGCGGAUGAUCGGUACCACGACAUGGAUCCAAUUCUGGUCCGUGGGCAGAAACAAGUUUGACCUGUUCCUUGUGAUCGCAACAUGCAUUAUCCAAUUACCAAUGAUCCAAGAUUCGCCUUCGUACAAAUAUCUGACCAUUUUUCAAGUGGCACGUCUUUACCGCUUGUUCAUCUGCAUUCCGCGAGUCCAACGCUUACUGUAUGCGGCUCUUGGCACGGGUGAGAGUUUUAUCAACGUCCUCAUCUUCUUGGUUCUGUCCACCGCACUUUGUUCGCCCAUCUUUAUGCAAAUGUUUGGUGGUGAUUUUGUUGACUUUAUCGAACCCAAUGCUACAGAAAUGCGAUUCGAUACAUUUUGGCAGUCCUUCCUGACUCUUAUUGUGCUUUAUACCAGUGAAACAUGGACUGACGUCCUUUAUAAUUCCAUGAAAAGCCAACCUCAUGCAGGCGCCAUCUAUUCGGCAAUUUUUCUCUGCUUUUAUUUCGCCUUUGGUCGUUACAUCAUGUCUGGGCUGUACAUUGCUGUGAUUCUGGAAAAUUUCGAAUUGGAAGAUGAGUUUAUCAAGGACUAUCAAAUCAAACGAUUUAUCCGACGACGAAUGAUUAAGACUUCCGAUACCGCAGAAACCAUUUUCAGCAGAAUAUUUGGUUCGCUUUACGACAAUAAGCCCGAUGAAAAGCAAGUGCACGUACAUAAACUACCGGACAAUCUCACCGCUUCCAUUACCAAGGCGUCCAUGAUCGAUAUCCUGACAGAUCAUUCAGAAAAGAAAAAGGUGCCGCAUGUCUUUAUCAGUCCUCCCCGACGAAAAGUGACCAAACUUUUUGGUAGCUUGAUGUUCCCCACUGAAAAAGAAGAACUAAAAACGAAACUGCGAGUGAAUGCGCGUUUGAUUGAUCGUUUGGCUGAAAAGGAUGACGAUCCAGUGGAGGAUUACGAAUUGAUUGUCGCCGAAGAAAACCGCAAUGCUCAGAUGGAGGAUGUUAAUAAUGCAAAGUCGCUCUUCUUUUUUUCUCCUCGCAGCCGAAUUCGAUACUGGUGUAAAAUCAUCUCUGGAUCCAGCGCAGACGGAAAAUCGGAACGACGCAAUAUUUUCAAUUGGUUCAUCAUGGCUUGCGUUCUCCUGAGUAUUUUCAUGGUCAUCUUGGACGAACCAUCGACGAGAAAAAUGCGUGAUGGCAUAUUGCCGCAGUCGACGUUUCACACCAUCGAUAUCACGCUCGACGGCAUUUUUAUUGUGGAAAUUCUUAUUCGAGUGAUUGCCGACGGACUCCUUCUUCCUCCGGGUGCCUAUCUUCGGAAUCCGUGGAAUCAGCUGGAUAUUUGUGUCGUGAUCCUGAAUGUUGGCACGGUGUUUGCCGGUAGCGAACAAACCCCGCGCGCCCUCAGCACGGUGCGUAGUUUGCGUAUCCUUCGUUUGAUCCGUUACUUUAGUAGCGUCAAGGAUGUGUUUAUCGAUAUUGUGCAUGCGUUCCCGCUGAUGUUGGAUGCGUUACUGUUGACCUUUCUAAUGCUGAUCCCUUUCUCGGUCUAUGGUGUGAAUAUUUUCGGUGGACGGUUCUGGCUUUGCAAUGACGAGAGUGUCAGUGGCCGAUCCACAUGCGUAGGCGAAUAUCUCCAUGAUAUCAGCUCGGACGAUGACAUGUCCGUAAAUAUUCUUGUGCCAAGAGCGUGGCAAAACCCCGAAGUAAACUUUUACUCGUACGACACGUUUGGAUUAUCACUACUGCAGUUAUUCACAUUGACUUCCACCGAAGGCUGGGUGGAUUCCAUGUUCAGCUCCAUGAGUACGCCUACCGAGCCGGAUGCCCAACCUCGCUUUGACUGGAAUUCCGCCAUGAUCUAUCAUUCCAUCUUUUACGUCAUUUUCAUGAUCGUAUCUCACGGAACCGUUCAACUGUUUAUUGGUGUUAUCAUUGAAAAGUUCAAGCAGAGAAAUGGAAUUGCGACACUGACGACCGGGCAGCGACAGUAUGCCGACUUGCAACGGCAGUUGGCCCAGAUGAAACCCACCACGAAAAGUUUUCGACCCAAAUCAAAGAUCCGCGCAUGGUGCUAUGAUCUUGUAGCCAAGAAACGCGGGGUCUUUAAUAGGCUGAUGAUGGCGGCUGUGAUCAUUAAUAUAGCUUUCCGAUUAGGUCAAGGUCUUGAUGCUUUGCAGACCCUGUACCACACAGUCGCCAUGUCGAUGCGUUCCAUUGUUUCCGUCUCGGCUGUAUUUAUGCUUGUCAUGUGUCUUUUUGCCAUGAUGUUCAUGCAGUACUUUGGAUUGACAAAGUAUGGCGUCUAUGGCACCGAACAUUCCAAUUUCCGUGACUAUGGAAAUGCUUUACUGCUGCUUGUUCGUAUGACAACGGGUGAAGCCUGGAACGCUGUCAUGAUGGAUUACGCCGUACAAGCACCCAACUGCGUGCAUUCAGACAAUUAUCUGGAGACUGAUUGCGGGUCGCCUGGCUGGGCCUACUUUCUUUUCAACUUUUUUUAUAUCAUUUGCACCCAUAUUUUUCUGAAUUUAUUCACUGCAGUUAUUAUAAGCAACUUUGAGUAUGCGUACGAGACACGGUCUCGUUUCACGCUCAUCACCAAGCAGGACCUGAGAAAAUUCAAAUAUGCUUGGGCCGAAGUAGAUCCCAAGGCGACAGGUUUCAUUCAGAAAUCGGAUAUUGCCAAGUUUCUGCGACAUCUCAAGGGUCGUUUUCAGUUGAGAAUCUAUGACGAUAUCCACAGUAUCCGGAAUCUACAGAAACUAAGCAAAACAGGUGCGGUCACGAACCACCAGAGGGGUUCCCUCAAUGAAAAAUUCAGCAUGACUGGAUCCCAUCCAAAUACGGCCGAUUUCUAUUACAAUUUCACCGAAGUCAACAAAUGCUUGAGUUUCAUGGACUCCAACGAGCUUCAGAAACGCCGGAAACUGUAUAAUCUCACAUAUAUGGAAAUUCUGGAUGCGGAAACUCCGAGAGGGAUUGCAUUUGCGGAUGUCCUUACGAUCAUGACCUAUCGGUUCCUGAAUAUUGAAGAAUCCCUAACAUUGGAGCCUUUGAUCGAGCGAUUAGGAAAAGUAGAUCAGUUGAGCAAGCAAUAUGCGACGGAAAAAGCGUGCGGUGUUUUCUUGACACUGAUCCAGCGAAAACAUUAUUUGCAUCAACUGUGGCUGAAGAGAAACGAAGACGAGAUCAACAAGCUGGGAGUCGGCAACCAAAGCUCACUUUUCCCGGACGGAUCGCCUCGUCGUCUGUAUGGACCGCCUACUUCCCCUUUUCUCGGUACAGCCGCAAGACGAAAAAAUCAAUCACCAGUUCCACGAAUCGUCAUCGAUGAUGUAUCGAGUGACGGUGACAGCAAUAAUGAACAAGCCAUUUCCCCGCUGUCUCUGACAAUACCAACCUCGCCGUUUUCCAACUUCUCAGUCGAUUCCCCUUUGGGUGCGGAUUCGUUGAGUGUGAUGCCAGGGACUACCAGCCUUCCGUCUUCACCCAUAUCAGAGAUGGGAGACAAUAACAGUGGGGGUUUGUCUCCCAACUCCCCCUGGGCUGGCUUGAGCCCUAUGACUCGACAACAAUGGUUACUGGUCGAUGGAAAUUCCAAUCUAUCUUCUGAUCAAGCAAAUACCCUGAUGAGUUCUCUGUAUACCAAUAUGUGGUCAGAUAUGUUGGAACACGAACAAACGUCCACACGAUGA